AUGAAGCAUCACAUGUGGACUCUCCCCUUCUUCUUGCUGGCUUUGGUGCAGAGCAAGGACAGCAGCGACCUACACUGCUGUUUUGCACCUCGGGAAAGGCCAGUGGUCUUGGCCUGCGAUCAAUACGAGAACGAUCUGAUCACCCAGGUCCCUUUCGCAUAUUUUGGUGCCGUGCCUUUUGACCAGCGGGUGUGUGGGGCCGAUGCAGAUGAUGGGCGAAAAAACUUCACAGGUGUCCACAUCCAGCGACAUUUGCAGAGCACCUGUGCCGGACAACGCAGUUGUGAGGUGCAGUGGUCCGACUUUGAACACCUUUGUGAAAGCUGCACAGAGCUGCUCGUUCGGUGGAUUUGCAAGUCUGAUGCAGAAAGGCCAAGUGUUCCGUUGACAUCGGCCUCCUUUGGACCAUUGCGUGCUAGUGGCAAUCAGCUAUUGGAUUCUGAAGGAAACCCAGUGCGGCUUCACGGGGUCAACUGGCCUGGUAUGCACAUCACGCAUGUGCCAAGUGGUUUGGACCGCACUCCCUUAGAGUCCUUAGUGCUGCGCAUCAAAUCGCUGGGCUUCAACAUGGUUCGCCUGACCUGGGAUGUGAACACCGUGAGGUCGAACCCUGUGGUCUCGAAGCGCUUAGUGGCCGCCAACCCUCGGCUCAUUGGCAAGCGUGCCUUAGAUGUCAUGGAAGAGGUUUUCAAGUCCUUUGAAGCGGUUGGCCUUCACGUGUGGCUGGACAACCACAUGUUGGACACUGACUGGUGCUGCAAUGAUGAUGAUUGCAACGGCCUGUGGUUCAACGCUCACCACACUGAGGAGGAUUGGUUGGAUGCCUGGCGCAGGGUCGCUGAGCUCAGCCGUCCAUACAAGGUGGUCGUGGCAGCUGGCCUCAAGAAUGAGAUUCGUGCCAUGACCACCGGGAAGAGCUGGGGAUCUGGUGCCUUUUGCAAUGCAAGUUUCUUUGAUCGUGGACACCUGGAAAACAUCGGCAACUUCACUGCUGCAACUUGGUCCUCAGGGCCAGCAUCCUUGCAGUGGCGCACGGCGGCCGAGCGCGCAGGCCGUAUGAUCUUGGAGGUGAAUCCCAAUCUGUUGAUUUCGGUCGGAGGCCUCGACUACUCCUCUGACCUACGUGAAUUCAAAGAGUUGCCCAACCUUCCAAAGGAGAAGUUGGUUUUGGAAGCACACUCCUACUCCUGGCAAACUGUUACCAAGGUUGUUGAUGUGGCAUUACCUGGGCAGUUUGUUGGACCCGAGCCAGGGCAAAGUUCGCCAGCGAACAAAAGUCAAGCCGUGCAGACGUGCAACACUCUCGGCGAUAUGUGCGGCGGGGUUACAUGCACUGGGAUGGAUCACUGCUAUGCCCGGAAGGGUCUGCAGGAUGGAGAGCCGCUGCGUGGCGCUAUUCCUGCGAAAGGGCACUUCAGUCAAAUCAAACGCUUCAAGAGUGACCGGAGCGACUUUGCGGAACGAACUGACGCCUGGUGGGGCUUCCUGGUGAAACAAGACUUGGUGCCAGUGGUCUUGACGGAAUUUGGGAUGGCACAGGAUUGGCACAAUGAUCCGACUGCCAGCUUGUGGUUCACGCAGCUCUCUGAAUACAUGGCUGGUGCAAAAGAUGGAGGACUUGAUUGGAUGUAUUGGUCUUUGAUCGGCGAGCAGGAGGGCGGCACCUCCCGCCAUGCGGGGCAAACGGAGACCUUCGGCGUUUUGAACCACUGCAAUACGGCGGCAGCUGCUGCAAGUCACCUUGAUGCGAUCCAGAAUUUGAUGGCGAAAAGACGACUGCUAGUCUGA